GAAAAAGAGAUGGCCUCUUCAUCAAGAAACGAAGACGAGCAAAUAAACAGAGUUUAGGCAGCGAGUAUCAAAGUAGAACCAAAAAAACACACACAGAGUGAGGAGAGAGAAAGUUAGAGAUUUUGUUCAAGCUACAAUUUUCCAUUUCAACUAUUUAUCUUCCAUUAUUUGAAUCAUGUCUCGGAGGUAUGAUAGCCGCACGACAAUCUUCUCUCCCGAAGGUAGGCUCUAUCAAGUCGAGUAUGCUAUGGAGGCUAUUGGAAAUGCUGGGAGUGCCAUAGGUAUUCUGGCUAAAGAUGGGGUUGUGUUGGUUGGUGAGAAGAAGGUCACUUCUAAGCUUCUUCAGACCGCCACCUCAAAUGAGAAGAUGUACAAGAUUGAUGAUCAUGUCGCUUGUGCUGUGGCGGGCAUUAUGUCUGAUGCCAACAUUCUUAUUAAUACAGCUCGAGUACAAGCUCAGCGUUACACUUUUGCUUACCAAGAGCCGAUGCCUGUUGAGCAGUUGGUCCAAUCCCUCAGUGAUACCAAGCAAGGUUACACACAGUUUGGUGGGCUUCGUCCUUUUGGUGUUUCCUUUCUGUUUGCUGGAUGGGACAAGAAUUACGGGUUCCAGCUUUACAUGAGUGACCCGAGUGGAAAUUAUGGUGGAUGGAAAGCUACUGCUAUAGGAGCUAACAACCAAGCUGCACAGUCGAUGCUUAAGCAGGACUACAAGGAUGAUAUCAGCCGAGAAGAUGCUGUUCAGCUUGCAUUGAAGGUUCUCAGCAAGUCGAUGGACAGCACAAGUCUUACCUCUGAGAAGCUUGAACUGGCUGAGGUAUUUCUUCUGCCUUCCGGAAAAGUCAAGUACCAGGUACACUCUCCGGAAUCCUUGAACAAGCUGUUGGCUAAAUCUGGACUGACUCAAGCUGCUGCUGAAGCCUCUUGAGUCAAUGUACCUCAACUAUCAUUUGUGUCAUUCAGAUCGCUUACUUUGUCAGAUACAAUAUCUAGUGAACUCUUCUAUAUUAGAUAUGCUUUUCUUUUGCUUAAUUCUGUUAUGUUGAAUGUUGAGAAUGAAGAAGACACACUCUCAGUUUUUUA